CCCCGGGACACGCGCUAAGCUGGGCGCCCGCCUGCCCACCCCGGGGAGCCGAGGCGCGGCCUUGGGGUGCGCGCAGGCCUGGCGCGCCCGGAGGAGGUGGCGGCUGCAGAGACGCCCCGGGGCCGCCGGGGCUGGAGCGGUCCCCGGCGCCGAGCUUUGGCGAGCGCUGCCUCCUUGCAGCUGGAGAUGACGCUCGCGCGGGUCCCGGCACCCGGCCUUUAGAGGGACUCGCGCCCCCGAACCGGCUACCAAGUCUCGUCCGGCGUCCCGGGCCCGAACAAAGCGUGUCGCCGCCGGCCGGCUCGGCUCAACGCCGGGCGCCGAGAGAGGCCCUCGGAAGGUGAGCGCUGUGGGCUAUGGGAUGGAUGAGGCGGAGCAGGAUCAGCAUGAGGCCCGACUCAAGGAGCUGUUUGACAGUUUUGACACCACGGGCACCGGGUCACUGGGACAGGAGGAGCUUACCGACCUGUGCCACGUGUUGAGCUUGGAGGAGGUGGCCCCAGCACUUCAGGAGACGCUGCUGCAGGACAGCCUCCUAGACAGGGUACACUUUGAUCAGUUUAAAGAGGCGUUAAUUCUGAUCUUGUCUAGAACUUUAUCGAAUGAAGAGCACUUUCAAGAACCAGAGUGCUCACUAGAAGCGCAACCCAAGUACGUUCGAGGGGGCAAGCGCUAUGGACGCAGGUCCUUGCCUGAGCUUCAGGAGUCCGUGGAGGAGUUUGCAGAGGUGACAGUGAUUGAGCCGCUGAGAGAAGAAGCCCAGCCUACGCUCCUGCCCACUGAUGAAGAUGACCGGAGUGAGCGCUGGAAGCCGCAAGGAGGUGAGGAGUAUGAAGCUGAAGGCCAGCUAAGGUUUUGGAACCCUGAUGAUCUGAAUGCCUCACAGAGCGGGUCUUGCCCGCCCCAGGACUGGAUAGAAGAGAAACUGCAAGAGGUUUGUGAGGACUUGGGGAUCACCCGUGAUGGUCACCUGAACCGCAAGAAGCUGGUCUCCAUCUGCGAGCAGUAUGGCUUGCAGCAUGUCGAUGCAGAGACCCUGGAGGAAGUGUUCCAUAACCUUGAUCCUGAUGGUACGAUGAGUGUGGAAGACUUCUUCUGUGGGUUGUUCAAGCAUGGGAAGUCUCUCACACCAUCUGCAUCCACUCCAUACAGACAACUGAAGAGGCACCUCUCCAUGCAGUCCUUUGAUGAGAGUGGACGCCGCACCACAGCCCCGUCCGUGAUGGCCGGCACCAUUGGCUUCCGGGUCUUUUCGUGCUGGGAUGAUGGGAUGGGCCAGGCCUCUGUGGAACGCAUCCUGGACACCUGGCAGGAGGAGGGCAUCGAGAACAGCCAGGAGAUCCUGAAGGCCUUGGAUUUCAGCCUGGACGGCAACGUCAACCUGACAGAACUGACGCUGGCUCUCGAGAACGAGCUUCUGGUCACCAAGAAUGGCAUCCACCAGGCAGCCCUGGCCAGCUUCAAGGCCGAGAUCCGGCAUUUGCUAGAACGAGUGGAUCAAGUGAUGAGAGAGAAAGAAAAGCUGCGGUCAGACCUGGACAAGGCUGAGAAACUCAAGUCCCUGAUGGCCUCAGAGGUGGACGAUCACCAUGCGGCCAUCGAGAGGAGGAAUGAGUAUAACCUCAGGAAACUGGAUGAAGAGUACAAGGAGCGCAUAACCGCUUUAAAGAAUGAACUGCGGAGAGAGAGGGAGCAGAUCCUACAGCAGGUGGGCAAGCAGCGCAUAGAACUUGAGCAGGAGAUUGAGAAGGCGAAGACAGAAGAGAGCUUUGUCCGGGACCGCCUCGCACUCUGUUUAAAGGAAAACAGCCGUCUGGAAAAUGAGCUGCAGGAGAAUGCAGAGAAGUUGGCCGAGUAUGAGAAUCUGACCAACAAACUUCAGCGAAAUUUGGAAAAUGUGUUAGCAGAAAAGUUUGGUGACCUUGACCCCAACAGUGCUGAGUUCUUCCUGCAAGAAGAGAGGCUGACGCAAAUGAGAAACGAAUACGAGCAGCAGUGCAGGAUUUUGCAAGAUCAAGUGGAUGAGCUCCAGUCUGAGCUGGAAGAGUACCGUGCACAAGGCAGAGGAUUCAGGCUUCCCAUGAAGAGUUCGCUGUCAGAGGAACUGGACGGUAAUGGCUGUGGCCUUGAGCCCAACCAGGGUCUGGGUUCUGAGGAAUGCAAUCCCUUGAAUAUGAGCAUUGAGGCAGAGAUGGUCAUUGAACAGAUGAAGGAACAGCACCAGGAGGAUAUGUGCCGCCUAAAACUGGAGCUGGAAGAUAAGGUGCACCACUAUGAAAUACAGCUGCAGGAAAGCAGGGCUGCCUGUGAAAAGGAGCAGGAGGCCACGAAGCAGAAGUACGAGCAGGAAGUGCACGCCUUGAGGAAGCAGAUUGGUGACCUGAAACAGGAAAUCGUUGAACUUCAGGGGCAGGCAGAGGUGCUGAAGGAGGCACACCGGGAGGCCACCUGCAGGCAUGAGGAGGAGAAGAGGCACCUGCAGGCCUCCUUUGAGGAACAGCAGACUGGCCUGCGGGAGCAGCUCAGGCUGGAACAUGAGCAGGAGCUUCAGGAAAGGCUGGAGCAGGCAGAGGAGCAGUUUAACCAGGAGAGGGAAGGACUUCUCCAAGGCAGCUCCUGGACAGAAGAGAAGGUGAGAGGCUUGACCGAAGGCCUCGAACGGUUUCACCAGGAGCAGCUGAAAAGCCUGGGGGAGAAGCAUGCUCUUGAGAAAGAAGAGCUAAGGAAAGAGCUCGUGGAGCAGCACCAAAGGGAACUUCGCGAGGGAAGGGAAAAAGUGGAAACCGAGUGUUCUAGAAGAACCUGUGAGCUAGAAGCCCGGUUUCAGGCCGACUGUCAGAAAGUCACGGAGAGCUGUGAAAAUGCCUUGCAGAGCCUGGAGGGGCGCUACCGCCAGGAGCUGAGGGAGCUCCGGGCUCAGCAACGGGAGGAGAGAUCCCAGUGGCAGUUUGAGAAGGACGAGCUCAUCCAGGAGUGCGCAGAAGCCCAGGAGCAGCUGCAGGAGACUCUGAAGCGGGAGAAAGCCACUUCUCUGGUCCUGACCCACGAGAGAGAGAUGCUCGAGAAAACGUACAAAGAGCACCUGAACAGCAUGGUUGCCGAGAGAGAGCAGCUGCUCCACGAUCUGGAAGAGCUGAGGAAGUUGUCCGAGCACCAGCAUUGGCACCUCUCGGACCAAACGCUGCAGCCAGAGAGCAGUGUGCACGGAGAUGUGAGCAGCGGUGAGCAGGGGCCGGGCCUGACCGGGGCCAACCAGCUGCUGGCCAGCCAGCGACUGGAAAAGCUCCACGUGGAGCAUGAACGCCAGCGGCAGGACUGGACAUGCAAGCUGCUGGCCCUGGAGAGCAUGCACAAAGCGGCCUGUGAAAAAGCCGAUCGGGAGAGGGCUCAAAUGAGCUCAGAAAUCGUCAGGCUGCAGGAUCGAAUCAGGGAAAUGCAGCAGGUGCCAGCUCCUCUGGCUGAGUCGCAGGACAGUGGUGAGGCCAUGGGAGAGGAAGUGGAGGAUGGAAGCGGUACCAUGACCCUACUUCAGCAAGGGCAGCAGCUGCUGGAGGAGAACGGCGACGUCCUUGUGAGCCUGCAGCGGGCUCACGAACGAGCUGUGAAGGAGAAUGUAAAGAUGGCUGUGGAAAUUUCUAGAUUGCAGCAGAGGCUGAGAACAUUGGAACCGGGAUCAGUCACGUCCUCCCACUCCAACGAGGCAGCUACUGAGUUUAUUGCAGAUUCUGUGGACCAAGUGGAAUCGUUUUUGCCCCAAAACCAGUCGAACCAAGGAGACAGCGUAACCACCCGGCGCCGCCUAAGCAACCCACAAGAUGACCAGACCCAGCACCAGGGAAGUACAGGGACAGGUUCUGUCCCGAGAGGCGAGAUCAAAAUGGAGGAGUCUGACGCUUCCCUCGAGAGUUUCUCGGAGCUUGAGAACAGUGAAGGGACCAGGACUGAAUCCUGGGACCUUCGGGUCCGGAUCAGUCAGCUUCGGGAACAGCUGGCGAGCCUGCGCGCAGAUUGCGAUCGUGUGUCCGAAAGGAAGCAGCACCUGCUGUGCGAGGUGUCUGUGCUCAAAAAGAAGCUCAGGCUACUGGAAAAACUUCCCGAGGUUCCCUCCAAGUACAAGCUGCUGUACAACGAUAUGAGCCAGGAAAAUGAUUGCCUACAAGAUGAGCUGAGCGUGAUGGAGACACGCUAUGGUGAGGCCCUAGAGAAUAACCGGGAGCUCAGGGCUGAGGUCUUCCGAUUGCAAGGCGAGCUGAGGAAAGCCGAGGAAGCAGCUGAGACCUUGCUUAACUUGGAAAAGAGCUACGAUGAUAUCAGGGCAGAGAACGAGGAGCUCAGGGAUCUGGUGUUGAGACUUCAAGAACAGCUUGAGACGCUGCAAGAAGAAACGGCAGGACAAUAUGACUGUUCCACCUCAUGGGACACCCGUGUGGAUGACCUGGAAGGGGAAGUUGAACUCGAUCAAACGCUGGAAGAGUGUGUACCCAGGGGCCUCAGUGUGCACCGCAUGACCAAAGAAGGGAAGCAAGAAAGGCUAUGCCUGGAACAGCAGAAGAUGCAACUCUUGGGAAAAAUCAAAGCAUGGGAUGUUGGCUGGGGCCACAGAAGCAGUCAGGUACAUCCAGAACAGGAUUGCACACAAGGCCAAGUUAAACCAGAGGAAGACACAGCUCUCCUGAGCUUUUGGGAAGAGUGCUCUCGACGUCAGGUCACCGUAGCUGAGCUGGUCCUGGAGAAGAGGAAACUCCAGGAGCUCACACGGAGGUUGAGGGAGCGAGUCACGACUUUAGUUCAACAGAAAGGUGGUCCUGGACAAGGGGAGGAGGAAGAGCUGAAGGCAGUGAUGCACGACCUGCACACGGCGUGCAGUGAGAUGCAGCACAAAGUUGAGCUUCUGAGAUAUGAAUCUGAAAACCUUCAAGAGGAAAAUUCUAUUUUGAGAAAUGAAAUUACUACUUUAAGCGAAGAAGAUAGCAAUUCUAACCUGGAGUUGGGAAAAUUAAAUGGAUCUCGGGAAGAAAUGUGGCAAAAAAUAGAAACAGUGAAACAGGAAAAAGCUGCAAUUCAGAAAAUGGUUGAAGAUUUAAAAAAACAACUUUCAGAGUUAAAAAUCAAAAACCAACAGUUGGAUUUGGAAAAUACAGAACUUAGCCAAAAGAACUCUCAAAAUCAGGACGAAUUGCAAAAGCUUAAUCAACGUCUGGCAGAAAUCCUAUGCCAAAAGGAAGAAGAGCCAGCGAGAAGGGCAUUCAAGGAAUGGGAGCAAGAAAACUCAAAUCUCAAAGAUGAACUGGAGCGUUGUAAAGCACAGUCUUCCACAUUGGUGUCUUCUCUGGAAGCAGAGCUGUCUGAAGUUAAAAUGAAGACCCAUAUUGUGGAACAGGAAAAUCUUCUUCUCAAAGAUGAACUGGAAAAAAUGGAACGAGUAAGGCCCUGUCGUGAUGUCUGUGACUUUGAGCAGAAGAUCUCUAGUGUUCUGAGCUACAACGAACAACUGCUGAAAGAGAAAGCAGCUCUGAGCGAAGAAUUAAGCAGCUGUGUGGAUAAGUUGGCAAAAUCCACUCUUCUGGAGCAGAGGAUUGCUAUAAUGAAACAGGAACAGAAGACUUGGGCACAACAGAGUGAGAGCCUGAAGUCACAGCUUGUGGCUUCCCAGGAAAAGGUUCAGAAUUUAGAAGAGACCCUGCACAGCGUCAACCUGCACCUGUCCCGGAUAAAAUCUGACCUCCGAGCGACACAGCAGGAAAAGGAGGAGUUAAAGCAGGAAGUGAUGGCUUUGCGGAAGCACCUGCAGGAUGCUGGAGACAAGCACUGGGCCGCAGACACAGCCACCUGUCCCUCAGGAUCCCAGAGCCAGCAGUGGAGAUUGUCUUGGGAUGAGUUGGAUCAUCUGAUGAACCAGGAACCGCAGCUGCUUUGGCAAGAGAACGAGCGGCUAGAGACCAAGGUGCAGAAAGCCAGAGUGGAAAUCACACACCCCCGGGGAAAGGUCCAGCAAGGUGAAUCCAAGUUCCUUGUCCCCAAGCAGCAGAAACACCUGAACCUCUCGGGACCUGGAAGACUCACGGAGCAGGACAAGCUGAGCUUGAAGCAGGAGAGUGAACAGUUCCAGACUGGACGCCCCCCUGCUCCCUGGAAGGUCAGCCAGGUGAAUUCCCUUGAACAAGAAUUAGAAGCGACUCACUUGGAAAAUGAAGGUCUGAAAAAGAAACAAGUGAAACUGGAUGAGCAGCUCGUGGAGAUGCAGCACCUGAGGUCCACUGUGAUGCCUAACCCCGCCCCUCAUGCUUGGGAUCUGCAGCUGCUCCAGCAGCAAGCCUGUCCGAUGGUGCCCCGGGAGCAGUUGCUGCAGCUUCAACAUCAGCUGCUGCAGGCAGAAAGGACAAACCUGCGCCUGCACGAGGAGCUCGACAACCGGACUUCUGAUACCAGCACACCACAGGGAAACCAGGAGCAACUGGUAACAGUCAUGGAGGAACGAAUGCUAGAAGUUGAGCAGAAACUGAAGCUGGUGAAGAGGCUUCUUCAGGAGAAAGUGAAUCAGCUCAAAGAACAACUCUGCAAGAACACCAAAGCAGAUGCAAUGGUGAAGGAUUUAUAUGUUGAAAAUGCCCAAUUGUUGAAAGCUCUGGAAAUGACUGAACAGCGACAGAAAACAGCAGAAAAGAAAAAUUACCUACUAGAAGAGAAGAUUGCCAGCCUCAAUAACAUCGUCAGGAAUUUGACACCAGCGCCACUGAUUUCUACCCCACCUCUGAGAUCUUAGCCAAACCAAAGGAUACAUGUGGAUCUGUGCACUUAACUGAAAUACGUAGAACAUUUCAGUAGAUUCUAUUCAGCCUCAUGUUUUCCUUAAUCUUGAAUGGCUUAAAGGACAAGUUAAGCCUUAAAUCUGCAACCAACAGAUUUGGAGUCUCCACAGUCAUUGUAAUUACUUUUCCAAAUAGACCAUUAUGGGAGUUUCACACAAAUAUUCAUAUUUGUUUAAGUUAUUCUGAAGUGUAUGUAUCUAUGUAUAUUAGUAGCCACUAUGAAAGUGUAUCUAUGGAAACAAUUUUCAAAAACCAAGUUUUGUGACUGUUAAAAAACUGAUUAUGUAUAAAUUUGUGUAGGGUUCAACUAUUUUGAGUUCCAAUUAUGGUGGUUAUGAGAUUUAUUUUAAAACCACAUUUAGGGAUCCUACACAGGUGAAUACUAUAGUGUCAUUCUAUUUUUGAUAGUUGAUUCUCUGGAUUACUGGUGGAAUGUAACUGAUAAAAAGACUGGGCUCUGCAACCCUGUGGUCACAAAAACCCAAGUUCAGAGAACUUUACUUUUUACUAACUAAUGCCUAUGACAGUAUUAUCACUGUUAAUGUACUGCAGACUGACAUCUGAUUUAUUCAACCAUACUCUUAUAUUAAAGCUUUACUUUUUAUCAGUGACCUUCCCCCCGCCCACCUCUUUAGAAGUUUCACUUAGGAACUUGUCUAAGAAAUUCAAUAAAGCCAACAUCUUAAAGCAUUUGUACUAUGAAGAAAACACCGAACAAACCACUUGGAAGUAAACAGCUACUCUUGGACUAUAGAUAAGCAAGAUAUUUUCUUGGAAUUCAUGAACUUACCCUUGGGGUUGCCUCAAGAACUCAGGGAAGAACCAUCUAAACUGUCUUCCUGAACUACUGUAGGGCCUCUGAGAAUUUGAAAUGCUUAAUGUAGAUCAUUGCCUUCUAUUCUCGUACCUCAAAUCAAGUACAAGGAUUUCUUACUGUCAUACACACUGGCAUGCCAUCUGAGAUGGAGUGCUAAACAGGACUGCCUAUUCAUCUUCAAGUUCAGAAAUUUAUGUAACAGACAACAUUGUACAUUUUUAUCCUUUAACUAGAAUCUGCUCAUAGUCUACUUCUACCUGUAGUUGAAGGACCUACCAGGUGCUGAAUGCUACCAAAGUUCACAGUUGCCUCCUUAUUUUUGUAGAAUUAGAACAGAAAAAUUCAUGUUGAUGUAUUUGAGGAGGACCACACCCCUAGUUAUAGGAAAUAAAGCAAAACCCCACACUGCCAUAUGUGCAGGUAAAGCAAACUGCUUAAUUCAUCUAAUAUCAAAAACUAAUUUCCACAAAGUGAUUUCCAAAAAGUGCACCAUCUUCUAAUUGUCAAGUCUGCCAACCCAGGAAUCCUUAUUUCACGCAUCUUGACAAAGCUCUUGAAAUAUGUUUGUGGGAAUGGGAGUUUAUACUCAAAGAAGCAGAUUUUUAAAUUCUUGCAUGGCCUUUACCAGAGUGUCCUUAUCUACCUCUGGGGAAAAAAUGUUAAUCUUUUAAUGUAAUAAUAUUUUAAAGUAUUUCACAGUAGCUGUGACUUCUCAUGCAAAUGUUUCUAGUGGACUCAAGUACUUGCAUUGUAUUAGCUGUGACAAAAAGUUUCAGUUAAAAUUGGGCAUUGGGUUAGACUAAGGUCAGAAAUUAACCAUUUAUGGUAUACAUGAGAUACAGUUGAAGUUACCAAGGUUAUUGCCAAAUGAACACCAAACAUUUCUUUAGUAGCUAGCUUAACAUGUGAUCAAAUUUGUUCAUUUUUUUUUUAAAUCAUGAAAAGCAUAGAUUGAUUUUUGAAUUUCCUAUGUAUCUAUUUAUAUGUAUAUAAAAUAAUGUAUAAUAAGUGUAUAUAUAACUUUCUGGGAAAAGUUAUACUAUAUUAAUCUAAUUAAUCCAUAGUCAAGACACUGCUGCAAUAGUAAACUAGCUUUCACAGAUGUAUUGUUUUACCGCACUUCAAAGAUUGGAAAAUAGAUUGUGAGCAAUGCAUAGAAGCCUCAGAUUGACACAUUUGUAUAGUUUAUUUUGACAAAUGCUCCAGUGAGCAUUUAUCAAUUUUAUGAUCUUAUUGCUUUUAAAGGAAUGAAAUGUAAGAUGUCAAUUAUGUCUUAGUUUUGCUUUCAGACUUUAGCACUUAUCCGAAUUGUAUUUUGUAAGCACUGAGCGGUUUCACAGCGCUGGUCUUCCAGCUUUUACUUAAGAACAGUGAUUUAAAAUAGUCUUUGAAGACAGAGCCUUCAGUUCAAGGAAGAGGAAUCUAGUUUGUCUUUGCAAUCAUGGCACAUCACACUAGGGAAAGGAGAACAGCAGCAGGGCCUACAUGGAUCCUAGUUGGCUUUGUUCUCGCUCUGUAGAAACCUCAGGUUCAUAUUUUUAAAGGAAGAAAAGUAGAGGAGAGAGGUAGAAGUGAUCCUAGUAUUUUGUAUAACUUGUUUUUCUAAAACUCCCACUCAAUCUAGAUUUUCACAAGUAUUUUGAAAUGGCACCCUUCCCAGAAGCCUCUAGUCCUUACAGUUGUAACACCCUGCAGAUUUAAGAAGAUCACACACUCCUAGGUUAACAGGGUUCAGAAAGACACCACACAGGUAUAUUGUUCCAUUAAUUUACAAGUCUCCAGGGCAGUUAUUAUGAGGAACAUUUAUAGAAAAAUGAAGAUGACUUAUGGCAGACUUAAAGAUUUUUGGCAAUGAAUUUUUUCCUGAGUAAAGGCAAAGAGAAAUAUUUUUGAUGUUGUGAGCCUCCCAUCAAAGCAAUGUUGCUAUUCCCCAUCAAAGCAAAGCUAAAUGUUUGCAUGAUUGUUAAUCCAGUCCAAUUGUGAAUGGAUUAACCAAUAAUGAAUGCCUCACUCCAAUGAUAAUUACAGAAGCAUUGCCAAACAAAUCAAAGCCUAAACCAAAGCACUCAGAUUUAUAACAUUCGUUAUAUCACCUUACAACCUAUCCUAGCAUCUCAACACUGUGAAAUCAUUUUGGCUUUAGAGUAUAUGAGUAGCUGUUGAAUAAAGAAGUCAGCUAUUUGCUUCCCAGCUUUUUUUUUUUAAAUAAUGCAAGGAAAGUUGAUUCUGUUUGGGCAGAGAUAACAGCACACUGUUUUAAGGGAACACUUUUUCUGUUUUGUUUUUAGAUUUACAUGAAUUGAGGUUAUUCCUUCUCUAUCUCAAAUUCUGUUCAAAUCAAAAUUCAUGUAAAUGUGUUUUAUAUUGACUUUGUAUAUUUCAUCUUGGCCAUUUCAGCCUCCAAGAUUUUAAUGUGACUUUAAAAUGUAAAUAAACUUUAUGAACAUG